AGGUGAAUCAGGUUCAGGAGCAGAACUUUCCAACAGAGAGGAUGAAGACGCUGCUGCUGCUGCUGCUGCUGUGUGUGAGCGCCGUCUGGCCUCAGGGCGUCCUGGAGUACGACGACUACGGCAACACGGAUGCCAAUCCUGCACCUGCUGCAACAGCCGCCUCUGAUGGCGUUGACGCUCGGGGUCACCGUCCAUCGACCCGGGGCCGGGACCGCUACAGCCACAACACCUACGCCCCGCCCCCCAUCAGCGGCGGCUCCCGGUAUCGCGGCCGUCCCACCGCGGCUCCGGUCGGAGGUCGGCAGGUGCAGGAGAAGGUUGUUCAUCCGGAGGACGGAGGCUGCACGCACGCUGCAGAGGAGAUGGGUAUUCUGUGUCCCAACGGCUGCGAGCUGAAGACCACGCUGCUGAAGCAGGAGAGGAACGUCAGGACGAGCAUCAACGAACUCAAACCUCAGAUCAACGAUUUGUCCCGAAACACCAACAACGUCUACAACUACGUCCACAGCAUGUCCAACUCUCUGAGGGAGAGACAGAGGGUCGUCAACGGCAACAGCCAUGUGGUCAGUCAGUACACGGACCGAGUGGAGGAACAACACGCCUACAUCAAGGAGACGGUGGACACCGUCUUCCCGUCCAGCAUCAGAGUUCUGCAGGGGGUCCUGGACAAGAUCCGGCUGAAGAUCCAGAAGCUGGAGAAGGCCAUCCAGGCCCAGACAGAGGAGUGCAAAGAACCCUGCAAGACCAAGUGUCCCAUCCCAGUGGUGUCCGGUAAGGAGUGUGAGGACAUCUUCCGCCGUGGAGGAAAAGACUCCCAGAUGUACAUGAUCCAGCCCGACGCCUUCUACCCGCCUUACAAGGUCUACUGUGAUCAGACCACCCAGAACGGAGGAUGGCUUCUGAUCCAGAACAGGCUGGACGGCAGCGUUGACUUCGGACGGCGCUGGGACGAAUAUCGACGCGGUUUUGGCAACAUCGCUUUUGAUGUCGGCAAGGGUCACUGUGAGUCUCCCGGUGAAUACUGGCUGGGCAAUGACCGUAUUAGUACGCUGACCAAGAUGGGCCCCACUGAGAUCCUUAUUGACAUGGAGGACUGGACAGGAGCCAAGGUCCAGGCCCAGUACCGCCAGUUCACCGUCCAAUCAGAGACGUCCAACUACGUGCUGGCGGUCGACGGUUACUCUGGUAACGCCGGCAACGGUUUCCUGGAGGGAGCACUGGAACUGUUUGGUGAAAACCGCACGAUGACCAUUCACAACGGCAUGAUGUUCAGCACCUACGACAGAGACAACGACAACUGGACCCCCGGUGAUCCCUCCAAACAGUGCGCCAGGGAGGACGGUGGCGGCUGGUGGUACAACCGCUGCCACUCGGCCAAUCCCAACGGCCGAUACUACAUGGGCGGAGCCUACACCAGUCACAUGGCCAAGCACGGCACGGACGACGGCAUGGUGUGGAUGAACUGGAAGGGCAGCUGGUAUUCUCUCAAGGCCAUCAGCAUGAAGAUCAGGCCAUUCUUUGCCCCGAGCUAGAUGUGUCGCAGGACGCCGUCACACAUCACAGGAAACCGCCAAAAUAAAAGACACAGAAGUAAAUUUGGUCCGGAAAAGAGCUGUCUCGAAACUUUUAUAAUAAUAAUAAUAAUAAUACAUUUUAUUUGUAAAGCACUUUUCAUACAGAAAUCUCAAAGUGCUACAGAAACCAGAAACAAGAAAGAGAAAACUCAUUAAAAUCAGCAGUAGAUAAAAAAUACAAAAUAAAAGACACGGGUAAUGAAGUACAUUAUGCAGAGACAAAAUAAAAACAUCUAGGGACAGCCUAAAAAUGCCUCCCUGAACAGAAAAGUUUUAAGCACUUUUUUUUAGAAGUUUUAGAAACUAAUAUUCAAGUGUGUCUUUUAUUUUAGCGUUUACCUCUACGCUGAUGAUGCACACAGUUACUCACUUAACACAGCUGAAGUAAAAAAGACCCGAAGAAGAUUAAAUAUGUUUAAAAAAUGCCACAAAAUGUCAGAUAAACUGUGUUGUGUGUGAAUGUGCUGUGAUGUGUCGUCUCUCGCUGUGUGUGACGUGCAGCAGCAGGACGAGUUGAUGUAAACUGUCCUCCACUACUCAAUAAACACAUUGAGGAACAUA